AAGACAUUUCCUGUCUUUGGGCCGAAUUAGUGGGCCUGAAUAGCAGCGCUUCGUUUAUCGGGCCCACAAAAAAGUCCAUUGGACUUAGUAAUAGAGCAUAUCAGUUUUGUUCCCACCGACGGAGAAAGAGCCACCGAAACCGGCAGAGCCAUGGGGAACUCGCAAGACAAGGAACAGAAGAAGGAAGAAUCCUCACCGCCGCCUCCGCCGCUUCACCGGGAUGACGCCGACGAGGAAGACGAGACCGUGAAGCAGCUCGGAGACUGCUCCUCCGUCUACCUCUCCCUGCAGGAAUGUCUAGUGAAUACAGACAGGAACUGGAAAGCUUGCCAAAAGGAGGUCCAAGCUUUGAAGGCCUGCAGUGAGAAGAGGAAAGAGCAGAACCAAGGGAAAUGAAGUUCUUCACCUUGCUGCAUUUUAUUGGAAAACCAAGUUUCUCUAUGUUUUGCUAAUUGCCAUCACGAAUACUAUUGCUCAAAUCAAAUCCCCAUUUUCGGGUUUUAGUCUUGUAAUUCUGUGAUGGUUAGAAUUGAGACAAAAACAUGUCAAGAAUGAGGCAAAGAUAUGACGAGAUCAUGCUCACGUCGAGCUCGAUCGAGCGAUUCAUGUAAACUUACCACCUCUGCAUAAUACUGAAACAAGGGGGGUCUGUUCCAUUCAUUCAUAAUAAGAACACAAGUCAUGUUUCAGACACGGAGCUUACAGUAGCGUACUUCCCAGUGUUAGCCACUGCCCACUGGGAAGGAGAUUUUCUCCCCCAAGAUGGGAUUGCAAAUGUGGGCAUAAUCCCAGUCUUCUUCAUUCUUUUGGGAGAGACAGAUUAACCAUGGCAAGAUCCUACCACCGAGAACUCAAACGUCUGGUAAGUUUACACCACGAUAGAAUAGACCUCCAUUCUCUCUAGUCUCUACCCACCUCGAAGCCAAUAACGUCACGAGCAGCUUGUUCCUGAACCGUUGCUAACUGGAGUCUAAUUGUUAGGUCGCUAACUAUAGAGACUCCGCAUCAAGAUGCCAACGGUUGGGGAUCUUGAAAGCUGGAGUUUGAUCAACCUGGGAUCGGAGAUUAACUGAAGCCAUCUUUUGCAGACGCAUCUGCAGAAGGAGAUGUUUUGCAGACGCAUCUGCAGGACACAAAACAAAUGAAGAAGGCCAUUUACUAGCUUCCGCCAUAAGACAUUAACGGGUCGUUUUGGUGAUGGAUUUCGUCAGGGAAAUCUAUCCAUCAUGGACUUUAACGGAAAUCCAUUGUUUGCCUUAUGGAAUUAGGGAGAUGGAAUCUGUGGGUCUCGCCUCUUUUGGGGUUCCAAAUCCGUUGAGCCCACGGACUUGGAAGUUUCACCUCUUGAGGUGGGAUUUGGGUGAUGGAUUAAAAUCAUGGUAAAGGAAACCGUACCGGACAUCAUACCGGAUUCCUUUCUGGUUUGGUAUUUUGUGGUACGACCGUGGUUCAACCGUUUUGUACUGGUAAAUAUCGUUUUUCACUAUUGAUAGAGAAAUGAAAUGCGAUAGUAUAAAAAAUAUAAUCCAUCAAAAAAAGAACCAAAUAGAGCACCCAUUUUCAACAUAGAAAAAUAGCAAAAUAAUAUUCUUUUUAAUUAUUUUCCACAUAUUGGACGAGAAUACGGAGAAAUGAAGCUGAAUCAUAGACCAGAAAACCGGAUCAUACCGGCCGGUUCAACCGGUUCAACCGGUCAAACCGAAAAAACCGGCCGGCACGGUAAAAUCAGCACAAUCAGCCCACCGUACCGCUUUUGGUCCAAUUUCCGGUUGAACCGGCCGGUACGAUCCGGUUUCCUGGUCUAUGAUUAAAAUGCAUGAUGGUAAGUUACCUUUCUAUCCUUACUUAUUACUUUAAUUACAAAGUUGUCCUACUUUAAUUCAAUGGUCAUGCAACUAUAAACUUUUAUAAUAUCGUAUUUUAUAUAUAUGAGAAUUUAUCAUUUCGUUUUGUAAUAUCGGAGUUUAUUUAAAUAUGAAUGUAUAGGUGAUUUGUUAGAUUCAACUAUAAACAUUUUAUGCUCAUCUUGUGCAUUAUUAUUUGAUUGAUUGUCGGAUUCCAAAUUCGGGGAGUUAGCAAGAAGACGAUGAGUUGUAGCAAUAAAGCGAGCAAUUGGUUGUAAUUGAUACAUAAUAUUGCGUACAUUAUUAGAUGAGCUGUUAAUUAGUGCCAAAUUGUAAUACAUUUCUAUAUUUAUAGUUGAAUUAUUAGUCCACAUAGUGGUAAAGCGUUCAAAAUUUCAUUGUAUGCAUUGGAUUUUUUUUAAUGAAUUUUUUGGAUUAUA